UGUUUACUGAUGUUUCUUCUGUGUUUUUACAUCUCUGUGGACGACAGUAAACCUGAAGAAGAAGGGUUGAUGGCUUGGAUCGCUGAGGGUUUGGAGAAAGUUGUCCCUCAGCCUGAUGUGAAGACGAAGGGGACACCAGCAGCUCAACAGCCGGCCGAGGUACAUCAAACAUCAGCUGCAACAGUGCUUCAAGUCACUAAUGCGGAGGUGGGAUCAACCCGAGAGGACAACAAGCCAAUCCCCCCCAGAAUGAUGGAUUGGAUCAAACACGGGUUAGAGAAGGUGGUUCCUCAGCCUCAGACUCAUGUUCCCUCAAAGACUGAAGUCAACCAGAAACCUGAAGCUCCCCCUGAAGCAGCAGAGGCUCCGCCCUUAGAACUGGCUCUACCUCCAUGUCCAAAACCAUCGGUUGACAAUGAAAAUAUUAUGGGAUGGAUCGUCAGCGGGUUUGGCCGCAUGUUGCCUCGGCCGGUACUGAAGACGGAGGCGGCCCGUGAUGAGGUGCAGAACAUAAACAUUGUACAGAAUAAGACGGACCUGGUGCUGGAGGACAUGGGACAGGAUGAGGAUAAAGGGACCAAUCAGAGGGAGGAUGUGACAGCAGAGACAGAGUUGACUCGGGUAGAUCGAAGCUCUCCACCAAUGGACAGCAUGGAGAAGGAGGCUGGAGACUUAGUUCUGGCACACAUGGAGGACAGACUGCAGCAGGAGCGUCUGCUGGAGGCAGCCCGUGUGGCAGAGGAGAUGGCCAGGAAGGCCGCCGAGGAGGCGGCCCGACAGCUGGGGGUGGAGCAUUCAGCUAAGAUCGUCAUGGAAACACUGCCAGAGUCCAACGAGCAACUGCCCAACAUCCUUGAGGAGGAAAAUGAGGACGAUCCAGAGCAGGAACCUUUGCCCUUCUCGUCCAGGAGCCUGAUGGACGUCUGUCCGGCUGAUGAAACUUUGUCAUCAACACAAGUGGAACCGGCAUCGGAGAGGAGAGACCUGGACAGUGCAGACCACCAGACCAUCACCCAGCAACCCGAGCCAGAAGCUCCGGUAUCCUCCCCCACAGAUCAGGAUGAUGCAGCAGAUAGUGGUUGUGGAGGCCGCUGUGGUGGAAGUGUGGGUGGAGCUCUGGAGCUGAGGAUGGAGGAUUGGCAUCGGGAGGAGAGGAAGGGAAAAGGCCUGAACAUCCCUAAAAUUAUCACAACCCCAGAGCCAGAGUGCGGAGCUCUGAGUGCACCGCUGUCCAAGCUGAGUGCUGCCGAUGACAACGGUGAUGAACUGAAGACCUGGUUAAGCGAUGGAGACCUACUUACUCCAGACAAUGAAGAGUGUCUUCAGUCAGCAAGCAGCCUGGUAGUCCAGGAACGUCUCAGUAACCUCGUUGAGCUGUUUAAAGAUCGGACGCAGCGGCAGAAAGAGCGCUUGGUGGACCAGGACGAGUCCGAGGAAGAAAGUCCUUCAGCCUCCCAGAGCAAAGCUCCUCCUCCUCCCCCCCCUCCUCCAGAAGAGAAAAAAGAUGACCCCCCGCCAGCAGUGGGAGAGGAAGAAGAGGAUUGUAUUCUCCCCUUUCAACUCCUGGGACGUCCAGUGAAGAUUCCUAAACUUACAGGUCUCCCCCGGCUGCCGGACUGGGUCAGAGUCCUGAUGAAGUUCCACUUCCCUUCCAGCAUCGACCCAUUCACUGAUCUGAUCUACGUGGUCUGGCUCUUCUGCGUGGUGGCGGCCUGGAACUGGAAUGUGUGGUUGAUUCCCGUCCGCUGGGCCUUUCCCUACCAGACCCCUGAGAACCUCCACCUGUGGCUCCUGGUGGACUACACCUGUGACCUGAUCUACGUCACCGACAUUCUGCUGAUGCAGCCCCGCCUUCAGUUUGUCCGAGGAGGAGAUAUUGUGAGCGAUAAGAAGGACAUGAGGGAGAACUACAUGACCACUGAGAGAUUCAAGAUGGACAUCAUCAGCUUGUUCCCCAUGGAGAUACUUUACGUUUUCACUGGAGUCAACUCUCUGUUGAGGUUCCCUCGACUCCUGAAGUACAUGGCAUUCUUUGAGUUUAAUGAUCGGAUGGAGGCUGUGAUGAAGAAAGCAUACAUCUACAGGGUGAUCCGGACGUCCACCUACCUGCUCUACUCUCUGCACAUCAACGCGUGUCUCUUUUAUUGGGGAUCAGACUAUGAAGGCCUCGGAUCCACCAAGUGGGUCUACGACGGGAAAGGAAACGCCUAUAUCCGCUGUUACUACUUUGCGGUGAAGACAUUGAUUACCAUCGGAGGACUUCCUGACCCCACCACCGUCUUUGAGAUCUGCUUCCAGCUCAUCAACUACUUUGUUGGGGUCUUUGCCUUUUCGAUCAUGAUCGGGCAGAUGAGAGAUGUGGUCGGAGCUGCGACCGCUGGAGAGAACUACUACCGAGCCUGCAUGGAUAGCACCAUCCAGUACAUGAACUCCUACCACAUCCCCGGACAGGUCCAGAACCGCAUCAAGACCUGGUACGACUACACCUGGAAGAUCCAGGGCAUGCUGGAUGAACAGGAGCUUCUGGUGCAGCUUCCCGCUAAGAUGAGGCUGGACAUGGCUGUAGACGUCAACUACUCCAUCGUCAGCAAAGUUGCCUUGUUUCAGGGCUGUGACAGACAGAUGGUGUUCGACCUGCUGACGAGGCUCAAGUCAGUUGUUUACCUGCCCGGUGAUUUUGUCUGUAAGAAGGGGGAGAUCGGCAGGGAGAUGUACAUCAUUAAACAGGGGGAGGUUCAGGUGGUCGGCGGUCCAGACCUGCAGACGGUGUUUGUUACCAUCAGAUCUGGUUCUGUGUUUGGAGAGAUCAGUCUGCUGGCAGGAGGGGGGGGGAACCGACGGACCGCCAAUGUGAAGGUGCACGGAUUUGCCAACCUGUUCAUCCUGGAUAAGAAAGACUUGGCAGAAAUCUUGGUGAACUACCCAGAGUCCCAGAAGCUCCUCCGCAAGAAAGCCAAGACCAUGUUGACCAAGGACCAGAAGACAGAAGAGAAAGUCGGAGCCAAAGAGGCUGUGCAGGUUAUUCCACCGAGACCAGACACACCUGAGAUGUUCAAGGCGGCUCUGAAGGUCUCACAACAGGCGGGACUAGAAGGAGCCUUCACCCAGCUGAGGAGGACCUACCAAUCAUCUGAGAGCACAGACAGACAGGAUCCUCCCCCCACCUAUCAGGCCCCGCCCCCCUCCCCGAUGCACCGCCGCUCCCCAGUUCCUCCCCUCACCGCGGCUACCGACGACGACGACGCCGUGUCGGAGAGCGCCGACAGUUCAGUGCUCAUUAGGAUGACGCCUCGGCAGCGAGGGGAGGAGCUGCUCACUGUGGAGGUCACGCCCGGAGGGGAGUGAAGACCCUGCUGCUUCCCAGAAUGCAUUUCAGCAACCUCAGAAAAGACACCAGGGUUUCAGGUGGAGGGGACAACAAAUUCCAGUACAUUCUCUGUGUCAAGAGAAACCUCUCUAAUGUUCUCAGGUUUCUUCUUAUGUUGGAGAUCCUCACUGUGUUCCACCUCCUGCAUGAUCUUUUUUUAUGUUUUAUUUCCAAAAUUCAAGUGAAUAUAAAUGUAGAUAUAAGAGCAAAAACAAGAAAGAAGUGAACACUAAUACUUAAACUCUUACAAAACUGCAAUUAGAAUUUCUUUUACGCACUUUUUGAAACAUUUUAUAGAGGGACAUUUUUUGUUGGUGGGAUAAAUCAUCCCAUAUUUUGGUUCCCUUAAAUCUAAUAGAAAAUUGACCUCUGCUAGUCGGUAAUUUAGGAGGAUGAAGAUGUCAAGAUUGAUAGGUUGAGUAUGAGUGAAACUUAAUUUAACUUUGAAGUAGGUCUUGCAAUGAUUAGGAAUAUUUCCUUCACCAAAAAGUAUUGUAUAAAUAAAAAUGGAAGUUAAAGAAAUACUAAUGUCAUUAAUAGUAAGAAUCUACAGUUUCUUAAAAAUAGGAGUAGCUGAGAUGUGCUGAAUGUGUUCAAAACGUUUCUGGAGAAGUAGGAAAAGUACAAAACUAUAUAUUAUAACAUGAAAGAUAAGGAAAAAAUAUACUGUAGUAAAGAUAAAGGAGACAGUUUGCAGAGACAAGAUGUCUAACCUUCCUUAUAGAUAGAUCAUUUUUGCUUUAUCAUUUUUGUCAAUAUCUUUACCCAAACCCAACUUCAGCUUUCCUCAAUAAUAAUUCCUAAAAAUGUUGUAGAUGACAUUAAGGUUCAAUUGUCAUUUUCAUUAAAUCCUUCAAGAAUGAUAUUUUACCACUGAAAAUAAUAAGAUUUGUUUUUUUGCUAUUCAACAGUAGCUUAUUUAAUUUGAACCAUAACUUUAGGCAGUAAUUUCAACAUUGUCUUCCAAAUUUUGUCUUUUGGGGCAAUAUCUUUGCAGCACCUGAAUUCAUGAUUUCCACUUACAAGAAAUGUUACACUGAAAUACAUCUUUGCAGAUCUAAUUGUAUGGGUUUAAUUAUUUCUACAGGAUUUAGGAGUUGAAUGAUAUUUUUUAUUACAGUUUGUCUUUCUCCAGUAGCUUCCCUAAAUGAAACUUCAAAUUGGAAACACACUCAUUGAAACACAAAGGUUAAAAACGUUCAUGACCUUUUCUGCAACUCAUGCCACUCACUGUGGCAGAGAAACAUAAAUAAUACAACUGGUUUCACCAUGAAAGGAGAAAUUAGAAAAUGGAAAUCUAGGCUCGGUCCAUUUACCAGUGACUCAUAUAAUUUUGUUGUUGACCCAGAUUUCCAUACAAUGGUACUUGUACAGCGCUUUUCUGGUCUUCUCACCACACUGAUGACAGGACCUGCCAUACACAGUGGCACCUGCCCAUCAGUAACUAACAUCACACACUGUAGUCACAGCUAGAGGAGAAAUACUGGGAUCAAUUGCCUUGCCCAAGGACACAUUGACAUGCAGGUUUGCCUGGGAUCAGACCAACAACCCUCUGAUUGGAGGACAGCUGCGCUCCCCACUCACCCACAGUCGGUAAAGGGAUCAAAAGGUGUAACGGUCGGUCCUUCCAGAUUAGAUAUGUUGUAUGUAAACCAUUGUAUAUGAAUCAGUGCAUCUAUACAGAUAUAAACACAUUUUUAGUACUGAAUACAUUCCUAUGUUGGAGACUAAAGAGCCGGACUCUAAACAUUGGGUUUUGGGUAAGUGGGUGGACAAUAAGUUUAUCAAAUCUUAAAUAUGCAAUAUCACCUCUCUGGAGCUGCCUUCAUUGCUAGUGUUUUUUUCUUCUUUGGCAGAUAGAUUCAGGGAAGUCCUCUUGACAACAAUGCCUGAGCCCUUCAAAUGUUUAGCUUCAUGUAGAGUGGCGCUAGAUUAAAAUGUUCUUAAUCUUGGGGUCUCUAACUGGGUUUUAUUCCUCUGUUGAUAUUCAUGAUGCAGUCUAGUCUUGAUAACGGUUUUACUGCUUGGUGUGUGGAGUAAUCAGGGCUUAGUCAAGGUGUUUUCGGGAGGAAUGGGUUCCUCCAGCAGGGAGUGCGGAACCCCCACCUCCCCCCGGAUAACUAUGUGACAGUGGAGGAGGUGUUGCUGGCUGUCGGUGAGCAAGUCAGGCACGAUAAGCUGGGCUUUGUCCCCAGGAUGAUUAAAGCUGUGGUGGUGUUCCUAAAAUAGGAGUUUCUUGUGUACAGACUGUUCAUCACGGACGGGCUUGUGCAGGUUUCCCCCCAGUGAGCUUCCUCCAUGCGGAUCGCACAGUCCAGUCUUUCGUCGUUGGUCCCCAAUCAAAUGUUAGUGAAAGAGCUCCGGAGGUUUGGGAAAUUUGCCAGUUAUUUGCCGGUCAAAAACAGUUUGAAAUGUAGGGAUCCCAAACUGUGACAUGUUCAGUCUCUGAGGCGCCAGCUGUUCAUGUCCCUGGACUCCUCAGACAGAGACGGUGACUACAUGGUGUACGGCAGCUCAAGUGCUGAAAGCGUGGAGGCUGGAACACAAGCGCUUCUCCUCUAACUCUAACGCACACCUGGGCAGAAGCGAAGCCCAGAG